AUGCAGGAGCCAUCACACACCAGGACCUUACCAAGGGCUGUCAUCAUGUACUCACACUUUCAACUCUUACUGGAGCCUCUUCUCCGAGUAAGCUGGAUUAUCACAAGAUCACUGUUCUGGGGAUGUUGUUUAAGCUUCAUUGUGUUUCUGAGGUACCAGAUCUACUAUGGUUACCCUCUGCAGACAUACCUGGAAUAUCCCAUCAUCAUUGCACAAGAUGUCAUUCUCCUUCUGUGCAUUCUGCAUUUCUUUGGAAAAAUGAAACGAGCUUUGUUCUUUGCAGCUAUAUUUUGGGGGGGCUGGUACAUGCUAACACUGCAGAAGUGGAUAAUAGACCUGGCCAUGAACCUGUGCACAUUCAUCAGUGCAGCCAGUAAGCUGGUUCAGCUGUGGUGUCUCUGGCAGACCAAAGAUUCCGGACAAGUGAGCGCCUUGACCUGGAGUCUGUCUGCAUACACCUGUGCAACAAGAAUAUUUACAACUGUAGUGACUACAAAUGACCUCGCAGGUUCUUACCAUCCUGAGAAAACUGCAAGAGCUAGAGAGUGUAACAGAUUUUUCAAUAAAUGGUUUAAAAUCAAGACUUGGUGGAUGCAAGAACAGUAACAAAAUCCCUUUGUGCUUCAUCUGGUGGUUCCUUGUUCUCAUUCAAAACUGCUGUUUCAUCAGAAGCAUCAUUUGAAUGAAUUUUAUCCUUUUUAAGCAGCACAUUAAGGCCGCAGCUUUACAAGCAUUUCAAGCAGCUCUUUCACUGGAAAAGAAGUCCCAUUUCAAUCCCCCAUUUCCACCCCUAUGCUUGCUGCUUUCCUUUUGCCAGAGUAAGGAGUUCAUGGGG